UCGCUGCUCAUGUUUGGGCACCAGCAGAGCCUGGGCCAGGCUGGUCCAAGCCUUGACUCCUGCCGAGCGUGCCGGCGAGGGGGAGCAGCUCCUGGUCCUCAGCUCUCUCCAGCCCCACGCAGAGCACAGAAUGGCCAUGGAGACACAGUGGGGCUGCCCCAUGUGCCAGGACAUCAAAAUGGUGGCUGCCUCUCUUCCCUGUCACCACAAGUUCUGCAGGGUUUGCAUCCCGUGGUGGACAAGGAGAAAUCCAGCGUACCCACUCUGCAGCAGGACAGUAAAGACUGUCAGGUUUCCUGGCCAUGAAGAACAUGAUUAUAUAGAGACGGCCAUCACAGCCCCCGAGGAGUUACUGGAGAGCAGGAGUUGAGCAGGGAGAGCUCCCUCCCACCUGCCCGGAAACAGCCCCCAUCGCCCUGUGGUGCCCACUCCACCUCCCCCACCCGGAACACUGUCCCCAGCUGGGCAGGGGACUGCAGGGCCACAGCCCACGGACGGCAUCCUGCCCGAGGUGUGGGCAGGACUGUUCCGUCGACAGCAGCAUCUCCUGGACCGCGUGUGGCCCUGCCUGCGCCAGAGGCUGGAGGGAAUAUACUGGGACCAGUGGUGGCUGGCCACUGAUCCACAGCGUCAGCAGUGUCAUCGUGGGCCGGUGCAGCGAGGAGGCACAGGGGUUGCUGGGCUCUGCUGCUGCCAGGGACGAUGCAGGUCCAGCAGCACCAGAAGCUCCAGCAGCCCCAAGUCCAGCAGCUCCCAAGAGGGGACUCCCACCAGCAGCCCCGCAGGCUCCAAAGUGGAGGAAGCCGAUACAUCGGCGGCCACCCCUCCUGGCAGUCCCAGCUGCCCCCGAGCUGUGCCUGACUCCGCAGAGCAGGAGCAGCAGGCUGAGGGGGCAGGUCCCUCUGCCCAGGGCAGCAGCCGCGGCCCCUCCGCUCUCAGACGGGGCAGGAACCGCUUGCCCGGGGCGUCCCAGCACCUCCCCAGAGGAGGGUCCCCAGCCCGCAGGAUUGCCCUCCGCCCAGCAAGAGGCCGCCUCACCGGCCCACGUGCUGGGGGAUACGGCCACGGGCCCGGGAGCCCCAGGACCAUGUCCACGGCAGAGAAUCGCUGGUGA